CUGAACAAGGCAGGCACUAACUCUGGCACUAACCAAGGGCACUAACCUCUAAAAUUGAUUUGGAAGAAAUUGACCUAUAGUCUGAAUUCAAAACGCCCCCUUACUACAUACGAGUUGAAGUCCUUCAAGACUAGCCAUAUAACAUGUAGAAUUUGUGUAACCCACGAACGCACUGGCACAAACUGAAAUUGAAAUGUCUGUUGCAGGACAAGGAUUCUAACAAGAAGGCGGCGCCAUGCCGACGCCGCGCGGCUGGCGGCGGCUGCUGGUGGCGCUGGUCGGCGCCGCCGGGCUGGCGCUGCUGCUGCUCUCCCGGCAGCUGCGGCCGCCCGAGGCGCCCCUGCCGGCGGCGGCCGGCGCCCGGACCGUGCUGCCCUACCACGACAGCUUCGAGUACCUGCUGAACAGUCCCGUGUGUGGUGGCGAGGAGGAGGUGCGGGCCGUGAUCGUGGUCCACUCGGACCCGCGCCGCCCGGAGGUGCGCCAGGCCAUCAGGGACUCGCUGCCGGCAGCCGAGCUGGCCCAACUCGGUCUGCGGCGCGCCUUCAUGCUGGCUGAGGCGUCCACCAGGCUGCGGGAGGACGAGGUCACCAUAGCGCAGUUGGAGAUAGCAGAGGAGAGCGCCCUACACGGCGACGUGGUGCAGGGAAACUUCCACGACUCCUACCACAACCUCACCUACAAGCACAUCAUGGCACUGGACUGGGCCAUCACCUUCUGUCCCCAGGCCAGACACAUCAUCAAGAUGGACGACGACAUCGUGUACAACGUGUACGAGCUGGUGAAGGUGCUGCACUUCGUGCCGUCCGCCCGCUACCUGGGCGGCAACGUGUUCCCGGCUGCCGCGCCCUACCGCGGCAACUCAAAGUGGCGCGUCAGCCGCGCCGAUUGGCCGCGCCAGUACUACCCGCCCUACGUGUCAGGCUGGCUGUACAUCGCCAGUCAGGACGUGGCGCGCGCCCUGGUCAUGCAGUCGACCGUGGUGCCGUUCUUCUGGAUCGACGACGUGUACGUGACGGGGAUCCUGGCCGAGCAGCUGCAUGUCACCGUCCGCGGCCUCAACAGACUGUUUGCCACCUCGGCCAACUGUACGCGCCACGAGACGCGCCAGGAGGUCCCCGGCCCGUCACCGAGCCCGGCCGCCGCCUACCUGCCCAGUGUGGUGGUGGCGCCCUCGGACCGCGACCUGGCCGCGCUGCGGGCCUUCAACCGGCUGUGCCGCUACUGCCGGGGCCGACCGUGCGGCCGGCGGCGGCGACCGGCCGUCUGCUCCAACGGCUUAUGACCGGGCCGGGGCGGCGCGCGGCGGCUGCUCAGCGGCCGACCCACACGGAGGCAGAGAGUCGGGGCUCGGCGGGGGGCGGGGUGAGGGGAAGCACGCGAGGCUGCGGCGCUCUCUGACAGCUGCAGCCGCAGUCGGCUGCUGAACGGAGCGGCUGCAGCCGCAGUCGGCUGCCGGGCGGAGCGGCCGCAGUCGGCUGCCGGACGGAGCUGCUGCAGCCGCAGCUGGCUGCCGGACGGAGCGGCUGCAGCCGCAGUCGGCUGCCGGACGGAGCGGCUGCAGGCGGCUGCCGGACGGAGCGGCUGCAGCCGGCUGCUGGUUACAGCGGCUGCAGGCGCUGCAGUCGGCUGCCGGGCGGAGCGGCUGCAGGCGCUGCAGUCUGCUGCCGGAUGGAGCGGCUGCAGUCGGCUGCCGGGCGGAGCGGCUGCAGCCGCUGUCUGCUGCCGGACGGAGCGGCUGCAGGCGCAGUCGGCUGCCGGACGGAGCGGCUGCAGGCGGCUGCCGUGCCGAGCGGGGCUUUUAGCACUGGUCACUGGACGGGGGACCGACAGUAUUGUGUUGGCACUUUUAGUAUUUAUGCUGUGAUGACUGCCUCCCGGGACUGCGGAACUGCCCUCCCCAUUAUGUUCUCCCCAUUAUAUGUUAGUGCUCGUGAUGGCAUCGUGCGUGGUUCGGACCCACAGAAUACGUCCCUGUAGCCCGAGUCGCCGAGCAGCUGACCGGACUCGGCGCCUCGU